AUGUUUUCUCCCGCAAAGUUGUCUGGUGCAUUUGGAGAUCUGCAUGUGGAACAGAUUUUGAGCAAUUGUGAGAAAAGUUUCACUGUCACUGACAUUUUCAAAUUUGUUGACAUCUGGAAUUUACGUGUGGCCUUAGAAGUUUUGUUUACCUUCGGCCAAGUCUUUCGUGAUGUUGAUGUGUGUGAGCCUGUUGAAGACCCAGAACACAAUGACACAUUAGAGUUUGCUGAUCUGGACAUUUUUGAUUUUGACAUUGAGGAUUCUGUCUUUGCUGGCAUUCAAGAAGAAAUGUUUUAUACUGCUGAGUAUAGCCUUUUUGCACCCAAUGAAGAAGAGUCUGGCUGUGAUGUUAAGUAA